AUGAACUUGUGUCCAAGGAAGGAGCGACGCGGCCUCAAGGCCUUUAGUGCAAUGAUUCUUUCGAUUCUUCAAAAGGAAAGAUCCAUGGACUACGCCCGAGUAGCCGAGACAGUUAUUGCUUUAGUUGGUGAGUCUUCAGAUGACAAGAAUGUCCGACGAAGGGUCUAUGAUGCCCUUAACGUCAUGUGUGCUGCUGACGUCAUUCGUAAGGAGAAGAAGUUAGUCUAUAUAGUAGAUACUGCCCUAUGUACGUGUGCGCCAAAUAGUGUAAUUGGAGAGACAGAUGAGCCCGGAGAAGCUAUCUUUCCAGCUAUUCGUAAGAUAAGAGAACGUAUUGCUGAGAAACAAGCUACUCUGGAGGAGACUAAGAAUAGAAGAGAGUUACUUCUGUCUUUGAUUAAGAGGAAUCGUGAGAGACAGGAUAGUGAAGAAAAAGAUCGGUUGUACUUUCCUUUUAUUCUUAUCAGUACUGAGAAGCGCACUCGGGUUGAUUGUGAAACUAAUGAUAGGAGGUCUUAUUUUAAGUUUAUAUUUGAUAACAGCUAUCGCAUCUAUGAAGAUGUGUACAUACUAAGGAAGCUUUUUGAUAAGAGAGAGACCUGUCAUUUGUUACAGCCUUCUUUGGCUGGACUUUGUGAGCAAGAAAACCUUACGGAUAAUAUUGGACUGGGACAAGCUCAUGAUAAGUCCAUGGAAACUUCUUUAGCCGGAUCACCACCCUCUCUAUUCACUGAAGAGGAAGACUGGCUUAACCUAUAUAACUUCCUCAACUAA